GAUUUAAAGUCCAAACAUCUUUGGUGUCUUAUGAUUGGUAAUGAUGGUUGUGAUAGUUGGGAGCUUGUUACAUUACAGCACUCAAAAGUAUGAGAGUCACUUUUUUAGAACAAAUGGUAAAUAAGACGUGGUCCACACCCCUAGAAGGCUUACAGUCGGUUAAAUAUGAUGUGACAAGUGAGGGUAAAUCAGUAGAGUGGGGAAUGGGUGAAUAAGGACAAGGGCACAACAACAAAUCACAUUUCCUCAUUAUAAGCAUGUGCACAUCUUGAUUUCUCAAUUCCUUUUUUUAAAAAUAUCAGUUUGUUUAAUGGAUAUCAAGGAAGAAGUGAAUCUUAGAAAGGGAUUUGGAUGAAGAAAAGAUAGUGGACUUGUUGGAUCAAGAUAACAAGGAUAAUACUGCAUAAGGGUCAGCAUGGAGAAAGGGCUGGCGAGGAUUGUGUGGGAGAAGUGCACAAAUGAGCUGACAUAACUGUGGGGGUGAAGGGAGCAUGACGCUGAAUAGUAAUUCAGACUUGCUAUGGCAUAUUUUUUUCAUGAAAGAUUUAAGGAACCUGGUUAGAAUCUAACAUCUACUUGCUUUACUAGUGGAUUAGCUUUUAUUGUGGUAUACCUUGAUGUUUUUCUGAAAUCCUAUGCUUUCAUUCACAACAGUUAUGUAAUAUCUGGCAUAAACAUUGGUGUUAAACAAAAAUGUUGUACUUUAAGGCACCAUCUACAGAUCACCCUGCACUGUAUAGAGACCUACUGCGGACAAACCGUGUGCACUGGAUUGCAGACGAACCUCCUGCUGAGCUAAUUAGGGACAAAAUGAUGGAGUGUACUUUCAGGUUUCAGCAUCAGAUGGCACUAGUGCCUUCCAUGUUAACUCUAAACCAAGAUGGGACAGUGUGGGUGACACUAGUCAAGCCAAUAAGAGCUCUUACACUAGGGCAAUUUGCGGUGUUCUACAAGGGUGACGAGUGCCUUGGCAGUGGAAAAAUCAUGAGGCUGGGCCCAUCAGUGUACACCUUACAACAGGGCAAAAGCAGAGAGCAGGAUUCAAGGCAUGUGUUAGCAGAGGAGAUCAAGAAGUUAGAACCAGCAACGUAACUCAUGCAUUUUUCUUGAUUGAAAGACUUUUGGGAAACUGGAGCCUUAAAAUAAGGAGAACAACAACAACACACACACAAACACAUUUUCUCUGACAAACUAUAACUUUUAAAGGUUGAAUUAUGACAGUCCUGUCAUAGUGUUUGACUGAUGAUACCUGAGAGGGUUUUUGGACAAAAAACAGUUUUGAUAUGGUUUCAUUAAAAGAGGUCAGUAAGAUACUUCAAAUAAGUAACAGAAACAUAGUAUACAAAAAGAUGGGCAUGACUGGAUGAGAGACAUCCUGGCAGUUUCAAGAUCAGCAUUUUCAUGUUUUCGGAAUGGGGUUAACUGUAAACCAAGUAUUUAAUGUCAGAGUCAUUCUAAUAUAAAUACACUGUUUAUGUACUACUCUGUUCUAGAAAUUUAUGAAAGUUUCUACAGCUUGAAAAAGCUGCUUUCCCCUCUGUUUCUUAUGCCGUGAUAUCAGCCUUGUGGUAGAGAACUCCUUAUUAAUGAAUUUUCAAUAUGUAAUAAAACUGUUAAUUUCCUAAAAUUGCUCUAUAGCAGUAGCAGCAUAUAAAAUUAUUUUAAUUUAAAAAAAAUGCCCAAAACCCUAAACCUCUCUUUUAGGUACAACUGAAAGUAUUUUUAAAAAUACUUUAUCUGUCUAUAGUUAAAAUGCAUACAUGAUUUAUGUUAAAUUUGUGUGCAUGUGGACUUUCGGAGAAGGAUGUGUUGUCUCUUACAUUCAAGUUCAGCAGUUUGCAUGAACUGUGAGCAAUAGGUAUUUAUUUUUCACUAGCAAUAAAUUUUACAACAUGUAUUUUACACUUGUUUGAAUCUUAUGCUGCUAGUAGUUAUGGUUUAAGUUUUUACCAUAAUUCAGGUUUUGAAAUCUAGCGAUUUGAAAGCAAAUGUGUUGAUACAUCUAACAAUCUCUUAUAAAACUGAGUAAUGGUAUACCAUUUUACUGUAGUUUAAAUAAUUGUAUAAACUAAUCAAGGCAGGGACUGUGGAUUUUGUGUCCUUGGAGCACUGUGAGUACAUUGUCAGUGUGUAAAUAAAACCAAAUUCAUGUUUACUUGAUUGUUAUAUUAAAGCUUGUUAUACAAGUAACUUUUGGGGAGGGAGGGCUGGCAUUCAUGGAAAUAGACCGGAUACUAAAUCAACGUGGUGUCAUACUAUA